AUGGAAGCCUUCAUGGAGGAAUUUCAGCAUCUUAAAAUCCAACUGGAAGAUAUAAACUCAGCCACAUACAAUUUUGAUAUGAGCAACAUUAUCGGAAAAGGUGGAUUUGGGAUGGUGUACAAAGGAGUACUCUCUCACUUUAAGGAACAAAACACAGUUGCCUUUAAACGUCAAGAUCGUAACUUUGGGCAAGGAGACCCUGAGUUCUGGAAAGAGAUCCUCAUGCUUUCCCAUUACACACAUAAAAACCUCAUCACUCUCAUGGGAUUUUGUGAUGAGGAUGGUGAGAAGAUCCUUGUGUACGAGUAUGCAUCACGUGGAAGCCUCGAUCGCCAUCUGAGUAGCAGUACUCUCACUUGGAGGCAACGUCUCAAUAUAUGUGUCGAGGCUGCAACGGGACUGUGCUAUCUUCAUGAUCCCAAGGGGACACAACAAAGAGUUAUCCACCGGGAUAUUAAAAGUUCCAAUAUUUUAAUUGAUGAGAAUUGGAAUGCUAAAAUUUCUGACAUGGGAUUAUCGAAAAUAGGACCCGCUAAUCAGCAACACAGCUUUCUUGCCACCAAUGUUGUAGGUACCUUUGGGUACAUAGAUCCGAUGUAUGCGGAGAAGAGCAUCUUAACAAAAGAGUCCGAUGUGUAUUCUUUUGGUGUGGUCUUAUUUGAAGUGUUGUGUGGGAAACUAUGCUUUGUGAAUAACAAUGGUCAUUUUGAGAGUUUAGUGGGAAUGUGGAAAAAGAGCUACAAACAAAAGAAUGUAGAUGCCAUUAUUUUUGAAGAUCUGAAACAACACAUGGAUCCAGUUUCUUUGGAAAUAUUUUCAGACAUUGCCUAUCAAUGUUUGCAAAAAUCUCGUGAAGGACGGCCAAAGAUGCUACAUGUUUUGGACCAGCUUGAGACUGCACGUCGCUCUCAGGAUAAGUUUGAAGAGUUGAAACAAACAAUGGACUAUGAAGAGGAACUAAAGAUGUUUCUCUCUCAAGGAAUCUCCGCUAAUGGGGACGGAAUGCAAGCAGCAUGCUUGGAUUUCAGGAAACUGAAACACGGGUGCGAGCAUUACCGUAGGCGAUGCAAACUCUGUGCUCCUUGCUGCAACAAGGUAUUUUGGUGCCACCGCUGCCACGACAAUUAUACCAGUGCGUUAAACGACCCCACGGAAAGGCACAACAUUGUCCGGGGAGAUGUUCUGCAAAUUGUUUGUAUAAUUUGCAAUACGGAACAGCCAGUUGAUCAGAUUUCUGACUCUAUGGUCGUGAAAACUACUAUCAUUGCGACAAGUGUGGAUGUUGCUACGCAAAGGAGAUGUGUGGUUCCCACACUUGUGUGGAGAACGCAACAAAAAUUGAAUGCCCGGGAUGCCAUGAGUAUCUCUUUGAAUCGAAACACACAAAACAAAAUCUUCACCUUACCAAGAAGACUCAAUCCAAUCCUAGUUACUUUGAAGGUGAAUAAGAUCGUCCAACCACCACCUCCACCGCAUAUGGCCACCGUCGGUUACCAGGUCGCCGCUAACCAUUCAUCCCGCAACCAUAGUCACUACUUAUCUAUUCCUGCUUCUUAUCUUCUAUUUAGUUUGAUCACAACACGCACAAAUAUGAGGAUUUCUUAUGGUUCCUCACUCACCUACGCUAACAGUGGUAGGGAUAGCGAUUAUCGAUUUCAACAACCGUAG